CAACAUAUCUAAGCUUAUGGAACCAUUCAUCUACUUAGAAUUGAAGUUAGAGAAUAGCACAGUGCAAACUGUGGAAAUUCCUAUUUCCAUGUUUCAUCUCCUUCGCCAAAACGUUUCAGUGCUGAUGAAAGAAGUCUCAACCAUGCAAGAGAGUUGCGAUUCUAUUCCAAAAACUGUAAAACUAUAAUUACUUGAACAUCUAUUCUUCUGCUCAGGAAUUCGUUGAUUAAUAAAGUCAAAUCAAUCAUUUUGUAUAAGGAACCAUCAACAUGGUGACUAGAAAUCUUACUGAUGUUUUUGUACUCAUGCGAAAUAAUGCCUCACAGAAUAGAAAUAUCUACUCGGACCAGAUAAUCAAUGAUCGAAUGGCACUUGUCGAGGCUGGAGGUAUUGAACUGGCGCAGAGAGAAGACUAUGAAACGCCGCAGUGGGGUGACACAUUAGAAGAGGCACGUUACUCCAUAACCAGACUCCGAGAAAAACUAAAAGAGCUAGCAGCUCUGCAGGAAGUUCAUAUGCAAAGGCCUACGUUUGAUGAAUCUACGCAUCAGGAACUUCAAAUGGAAGUAUUAACCCAAGAGAUUUCGAAGAUGUUCUCUCGAAUUCAAAGAUUAGUGCAACAAAUUCGUCAUGCCAGUGAAAACGACAGAAAGGAUCAAGAGCGCCGUUUAUCUUACAGUGUAAUUACAUCUUUGCUAACUUCUCUGCAAGAAUUGACUAAUCACUUUCGAGGCCUACAGAGCUCUUACUUAAAUAGAUUAGAUUCACGUGAAGAACGAUCAAGACUUGAUUUUGGCUCAAAAGAGGAGGACAGGGAGCUAUUUUCUGUAAAUGGGUUCAAUGAUGCCGACUGGGAAACCGAGUGCAUUGAUGAAAGAUUCAGAGUAACGAAGCCUGGUCAGUCUAUAAGCGAGCAACAGAUGCUUCUAAUAGAAGAAGAUAAUGCCAAGACAGCAGAAAUGCGAGAUAAACAAGUUUCGAGUAUAGUCCAGUCAAUUGUUGAUUUAAAUGUGCUCUUUAAAGAUUUAUCUACAAUGGUUGUUGAGCAGGGCACUGUGCUUGACCGAAUAGAUUAUACUCUUGAGCAAACUUCAAUAGGAGUAUCGCAAGGGUACGAGCAGUUGGUGAAAGCUGAUCGCUCCCAUGCAAAAAAUCGAAAAAUGAUGUGUAUUAUGUGUUUAGCUCCUGUAACACUGAUUAUGUUAUUUCUGCUGAUAAUUAUUAAGUUUUAACGUAAAUUAUUGAUAAAAAAGAUUAUAAAUGUGUAUUUUUGUUUGAGAA